CUUUCUUUCGGUGGGUGUUUAAAUUUUCUGUGUGUGGUCUUAGCGGUAUUGUUCAAUUGGGCAUUCAAUUCUGCCCGUAAUUUUUCGUUCGUUCCGGUCAAUUCCCGCAGAGUCGCCAGUAACCGCAGCGGUACCGCAUCAAUAUGGAAUCGGAGGCAUUUGAAGAUAUGCAAAAGGGGGGAGGAGCCCUCCGAGCAGUUAAGGAUUUGGCUUCUGGUGCUGUGGGUGGUAUUGCACAGGUUCUUAUUGGACAACCAUUCGAUAUCGUCAAGGUGCGGCUGCAAACAACGACACAAUACGCCAAUGCUCUUGACUGCGCCAGCCAGAUCUUCAAGAAUGAAGGACCCGCGGCUUUCUACAAGGGUACCUUGACCCCGUUGAUUGGAAUCGGUGCUUGCGUCAGUGUGCAAUUUGGCGCUUUCCACGAAGCCCGUAGGCGCCUAGAAGAGCUCAACAAGAAGAAAUACGCCGACCCCACCCUCUCAUACGGCCAAUACUACCUGGCCGGUGGUUUUGCCGGUAUCACCAACUCCGUUCUCUCUGGUCCCAUCGAGCACGUCCGUAUCCGUCUGCAAACCCAGCCCCACGGCGCAGACAGACUGUACAGUGGUCCCAUAGACUGUAUCAAGAAGCUCUCCGCCCACGAGGGCGUGACGCGGGGCCUUUUCAGAGGUCAGACUGUGACCUACCUCCGUGAAAUCCAGGCCUACGGUAUGUGGUUCUUGUCAUUCGAGAUGCUCAUGAACCAGGAUGCCAAGCGCAACAACAUCAAGCGUGAGGAUAUCUCCAGCUUGAAGGUCGCCUCGUAUGGUGGUUUGGCCGGUGAGGCGCUCUGGCUGAGCAGUUACCCGCUGGAUGUUGUCAAGAGUAAGAUGCAGUGCGAUGGGUUCGGUGCUGAGCGGCAGUUCAGCAGCAUGAGGGACUGCUUUAAGAAAACUUAUGCUGUUGAGGGAUUGGCUGGUUUCUGGAAGGGUAUUGGCCCGACUCUGCUGAGGGCUAUGCCUGUGUCUGCUGGAACCUUUGCUGUUGUUGAAUUUACCAUGAGAGCUCUGGGUUAAAAGGUCUACUUCGGGAAUGGUUGCGC